CCAAUGGACGAAUUAAACAAAAAAAUCAGAAUGUCAUUGACAACAACAAAAAAACGUGUUGAUUGGACUCAAUUUACUCAAUUGUUAAAAUAAUUUCAAUUUUAAACAAUCUAAAACUUGCUAUUUUAACCAUAACAUUAUAAAAUUAAUAGUUUACGCGAUGUAUGAUAAUUCUGAAAGAAACUUAAAUAUAUGAAGAAUAUUUUAUUUAGUUUUGUAAAUAGGGGUUAGUCUUAAACUUUUACAAUUUUAUAACUUUUUUGAAAAGUAUCUAAAAAUAAUUGGCAUAGCACACUUAAUAUUUGAGAAUAAUUGGUGAAUAAGAUAGCUUAAUAAGAACAGUUAUUCAGUCAGUCAAUAUGCACGGGAAUGAGCAAAACACACCGCCGUCGUCAUUAAACGGAGACGAAAUUACAAGUAUGGAGGAUGAGGGCGUAAUUUACCUGGACGAAAUGGAUGAACUGGGUGAUGAAGAAAUGGAAGAGUUUCUUAGUCAAGAAGAAGAAGACAUAGAUAUAGAACCCCCUGAAGAUCAUUCUGCACUAGUGUUCAGCAAACACGUGGGUUCUGUAUUUUGUUGUGAUCUCCACCCCAAUGGUAAAUUAGCAGUUACGGGUGGUGAAGACGAUAAGGCUUAUGUAUGGUCAGUGGAAUCUGGUCAAGUUGUACAUGAAUGUAUGAAUCACAAGGACUCUGUUAUAUUUGUUGGAUUCAGUUUUGAUGGGUCUUACUUAGCUACAGUGGAUAUGUCUGGUGUAAUUAAAGUAUGGAAAUACAGUGAUGGAACAGAUCCAUGGCCACUUGCAUUUGAAUAUAUUGCAGAUGACUUAUCAUUUGGCAUGUGGCACUUUGGUGCUAAAGUUUUGAUAUGUGGGGCUGUUUCGGGAGAUAUCUACAUUUUUAAAAUACCUUCCGGCGAAACUAAAGUGCUUCAGGGGCAUAAUGUCAAAGUUGAAUGUGCAAAGCUAUUCACCGAUGGUGUCCGAAUGGCUGCUGGCUAUGAAGAUGGUACAGUCAAAACAUGGGAUAUUAAAACAUCAGCUGUGACACACCAAUUACCAGCUAAUGUCCAUCAAAUUAGAGUGACGGCAAUUGACAUUCACCCAGACAAUAGUCUUAUGGCUUCAAUCUCUACAGAUGGAAAAGUCAUAUUGACUACAACAAACAAUGGGAAAAUAGUUGGUGAGCUGCAAACCGAAAAUGAUCUAGAAACUGUUGCUUUUGCACAGGAUCAACUAUUAGGAUUUUUAGCUUUAGGUACACUGACUGGCUCUGUGACAAUAUGGGACGUAGCAAGGCAGUUGUUAAGGCAUCAAUGUACAAAACCAGAAAAUGAAGUCAACGGAGUUACUAAAAUGUUUUGGGUGAAAAACAAUCUGAUGACAGGAUGCCUGGAUGGUUCCAUACGAGCAUACGAAGGCAGAUCUGGUGAACAGUGUGUGAUUUUGACGGGACACAGAUCAGAAAUUCUGGACCUCUGCUAUAAUGCUAAAGAGAAUUUGAUUCUCAGUACGUCUGAUGAUGGUUCUGCCAGAAUAUUCAAAUAUGAUGUUUCUAGUGGAAAUUAGUGCACGAUCUAAAUGUUAGUUGUGAUUCGGCUGUUCUAAAUUAUUCUUGUUGUAAAAUAUUUUAUGUAUAACAUGGAUAUGUAAUUCUGUAAAUA